CGUAAGCUAUGAGUGCUGACGCAGUGGCUCAUGGGAUAUGCAGUCUUAUAUUGUGCACUGGCCGUUUAAACUGUAUUAUCAGAAGCAGGCAAAAGACUACAACUCCCUACAACACAUUUAACAACACGCCCCGGCUGGAACACGAAACUUCCUUUGAGUUGCCGCUGCUGUUGCAAUUUCUGAACAAAACAUUGAUUUAGCAGUUUGGAAAGUUGUAUUUAUUUCAAGAGGAGGAUGUCCGAGCUGAGCGACGAGGCGAGCGGUGAGUCGGAUCAGUUGAGCGCGAGUCUGUCCGUGUGGCUGGCGGACGGAGGAGACGCUCUGAUCGGCCCGGAGGAGCUGAACGUGCCGCUGGACCUCCACACCGCCUGCUCCAUCGGACAGUAUGAUGUAGUGGCCGAGUGCAUCCGCAGAGGAGAUGUGGAUUUGGAUGGGAAGAACAUCGGCGGCUGGACUCCUCUGAUGUACGCUGCAUAUAUUGGUCACGAUAACAUCGCUAACCUGCUGCUGGAGACGGGCGUCAGUGUCAACGCCACCACGUCUAAAGGACUCACACCCCUGAUGCUCGCCGCCAGCUGCGGAAACGAGAGCAUUGCCUACUUCCUCCUGCAGCAAGGAGCGCAGCUUGAAUGUAAGGAUGUGCGCGGGUGGACGGCUCUGCUGCACAGCACAGCUACUGGACAUCAGCAGAUGGUCAAAUUCUUAUUAGAGCAUCACGCCGAUGCAAAUAUCAAAGAGCCGCUGUCAGGAUUCACACCUCUCAUGGAAGCUGCUGCGUCCGGCCAUGAAAUCAUCGUUCAGUUCCUGCUCAACCAUGGCGUACGAACGGAGGAGAGGAACAUGAAGGGAGAAACGGCGAGAGCUCUGGCUAUGAUGUACGGACACACUAAAAUCGCCAGCCUCAUCGCCAAAUCAUCUCUGUAUGAUGAGCUGAGCUCGUCUGAAGAAGAGAGUGCGACUCCUAGAGUCCGAUCGGCUCGCAGCAGAACCAGAGGACCCAGCAUUCACGACGGCCCUCAAGCUAUCGCUCGCUUCAGAGUCGGCUCCAAACACGAGGUUCCUGUGACUCCACCUGGAUAUGUGACGUUUCGGGACGUUGGCGAUCAGAGCGAAGGAAUCUGCAAUCGUGAUGUCACUUCCCCCAUCAAUGAGCUCGACGGCCAGAGCAACAGCAGUAGAGAUGAGCUGUUCUUUGAUAACGACAUGCCCACCAUGAGGAGCAGCAGCAGCAGCAGCGAGGGUCUGUCUAAUCUCCUCGGACUCAGCAGGGAGGCGUCGCUGGAGAGCAACGAGGACUCUGAUCAAGCAAAGAGGAGUUGUCCACGUCGAUCCAGCAAACUCCAGCACUCCAAAGGCAGGAGUCCCGGUAACAGCAGCAGCGGUUACCGCCAGGCUCCGUCUUCCUCUGGACCGCCUCCUUCAUACACUGGACCCAAGGAUCUCGCAGGGUUCCUUGAGCAGAUCGGGUUCAGUAAGUACCUUCCCCUGCUGGAGGAGCAAGACAUCGACCUGAGGAUCUUCCUCACGCUUACUGAGAACGACCUCAAGGAAGUUGGCAUCACCCUGUUUGGUCCUAAGAGGAAGAUGACAUCAGCAAUAGCCCGCUGGCACAGUAAUGCACGGCCACCCAGUGAUGCGUUAGAGCAGGCAUAUGCGGACCAACUGGAAGCCGAGAUGCAGGAAAUGGCCAUUCAGCUUCAUAAGCGUUGUGUGGAGGUGGAGUCUCUGCAGGGUCAGGUGACCCAGGAGAAGGAGCUGCGUGCCGUGAUGGAGGGAUGUCUGAUGGAGGAGAAGAUGGCUUGGAAGAGCGUUCAGGCGGAGCUGCAGGAGAACAGCAAACGCAUUCAGACACUGUGUGGGAAACUACACGCUCUACGCAGCACUCUCACGCAGGAGGAUGCUCGAGGUGACGGCUUGAUGUGCUCUCAGCUGCUGUCUAAGAUGGAGUCUCAUAUGGCGGAGCUCACUGACGGUCUGAAGGAAAUCCUUCACAGUCUCCAGCAUCUCAGCGCUUCAGAGAAACGCUCACAGAACUGGGAAGAAUCCUAACAGCUGUGGAUGGGACACUCGCUUUUAUUGACGGAGGGUGAAAAACCACCCUGAACACACAGACGGCCGCAGAAGCGGGCCAGAGAGAUGAGCCGCGCCGCUCCAGUAACACAUGAGCUCAGAUGGAGAUGACGAGCUGAACGAGGACCAAGACAGCGGCAGGCGGCCAAAAAUGACAAGCGGGCGAAGAGCAUCUCUCGCCUGUGCUCCAGUUACUGUACAUUCAUCAUGAGAACUGACCAAUCACAGACAGAGCUGUGUCAGACAGGGCGGAGCCAGAGGAUUUGAACUUCCUGUCAGGAAUUCAGUGCACACAGAACUACAUGUGUGGAAACUGCAAGCACAAAUACUGUUUAUUGUUGUACAACGAAUCAAACCUCUCAUUAGAUUAGAUUUAAAAUAAGCCUAUUUAAAGCCUGAAUAAUGAAGCAGUUUUUUGCAUAAGUCUAGCCUUGGAGAUCUCUACUCUCAACUGUUAGUCUAAUCAUCUUUUCAUAAAUACUGUGUAUGUUACAAAUACACUCAUUCAUUUGUCAAAACUGCUGUUAUGCAAACUGCCAUAUUCAGUUCAGUUCAUUCAAAUAGCUUUAUCAGUAUGACUGUAAGAAAUACAGUAUGACCAAAGCUGAGCAUAUAUGCAAAAAAAAAGUUAUUAUUAUUGCAACUUCUACUUGACAAUUCAAGAUAUUCAGUAACAAAUUAGACCAUUUUUAACAUAUUUAGAUUAAAAAAAAAAUUAUUACAUAUAACUUAAUCCUGCAGGUGUUUUAUGAUUAAGUCCCAUUUCAUGUCCAGGUUUAUGUCAUAUUGUUGGAGCUACUGUCAGUUUAUUAUUUUUAAAUGUUAGUUUUUGUUGUUUUUACUCUAUCAAUUUUAAAAGAUUUUUUAUGCUAAUCAGCUUGUCUGUCAAUUAUGAAAACAAAGUCUUUAUUGUUAUUAUGUCACAUAAAGGUACAAGAAUGAAGUCUGUAAAUAAAGCAUUUAAAGCAAA